AUGGCGAUUUCUCAUCGUGACAUGUGGCGAACCCAAUUACGAUCGGGCCAUUUCAACUUGGGGUCGGAGCAUGGUCUCCCUCCUGGUGUGGAGAAUUUGGAUGCCAUUCCCUACCAUCUUUUACCCAACUUUCUCCAUGCUUCUCUCUCUCUCAAACCUUCCUUCACAAACCUCUUUUCUCGUCUUGUCUCUGAACAAUUAGGUGGACAUCCACCGUUUUGCGUAAUUGCCGACAUGUUCUUUCCAUGGUGUGUUGAUGUUGCUCGCCACUACGGCGUGUUCUCCAACAUAUUUUGCUCAGGGGGUGGCUUUGGUUUUGCAUGUUACCAUUCUCUGUGGCUCAACCUGCCUCACCGGAGUGUCGACUCCGACCAAAUAAUCACCCUGCCGGACUUUCCCGAAGCUUCGACCACCAUCCACAUUACACAGAUGUCGGAUUAUCUAAGAGAAGCAGAUGGCAAAAAUAAGGUUUCAGAGUUUAACAGGAAAGCGCUUGCGGAAUGGUCAAAAGCCGAUGGGAUUCUGUUCAACACGGUGGAGGAUCUUGACAGAACAGGGUUGAACUACUUCAGGCACAUAUUUCAAAAGCCUAUUUGGGCAAUUGGACCCAUCAACCUGCCGCUAACUACCAGAAAAUUAGAAGCCGCCGGAGGCAGAAUGACAUCAUCCGAUCAGUCAUGCAUGAAAUGGUUGGAUACCAAACCAAUAAAAUCAAUUUUAUAUGUAUCGUUUGGCUUGCAGAACACAAUAUCAGCUUCGCAGAUGAAAGAGAUAGCUCUAGCUCUGGAAUCUAGCGGCAAAAACUUCAUACGGGUCAUUCAUCCACCAAUCGGCUUCGACAUCAAUUCGGAAUUCAGAGCAAAAGAAUGGUUGCUUGAUGGAUUUGAGGAACGCAUUUGUAAACAAUCAAAGAGAGGGUAUUUGCUUUUGGAAGAAGAGGUAGGAGUUUGUGUGGAGAUAGCUAGAGGAAUACGUGUUGCUGUUGGACAUGAAGAUUUAAUGGCAAAGAUUGAGUUGGUGAUGAACGAAACAAAGAAGGGAAAAGCAAUGAGAAGGAAAGCUUGGGAAAUGAAGAAGAUGAUCGACAAUGCCAUGAAAGAUGAGGAUGUUUGGAAAGGAUCCUCUGUGAAAGCCAUGGAUGAGUUCCUCAAUUGCGUUCAUGUGGGAAAUUAA